AUGGACUUAUUUAUUGUUUUGGAUUCUUCAGGAAGCAUUGGUUCAGCAUCAUUUGAAUACGCUAAAUCUGCUCUGGUAGAGUUAGUCUCAAUGUUGCAAAUAGGUCCAAAAAAGGUACAAGUUUGGGUAAUCAAUUAUGGACAAACUGUUGAGACACCGAUUGCUUUUCAUAAUAUGCCGAUGUCAGAAUUUACAAAAGAGAAUUUAAUCCAACAAAUCAAAAAUAUUCAGUAUCUUAAUGGCGCUUGCACGGCUACCGGAGAUGCACUCAAGGAGGCACGAACAAUCUGUGAUAGAAGAUGUCGAGGACUAUACGAAGGUGUAUCACGAGUAGUUCUCGUUCUUACUGAUGGAAACAGCAAUUGUGGUACAGCAGUUGGUAUUGAAUCUACUCAUAUGCUGCACAUAACUAAGGCUAGUGUAUUUGCUGUGGGUAUUGGUAGUGCUAUCAACAAUGUUGAACUUCAGACCAUUGCCACUGAUAAAAAAUAUGUCAUGCAUGUAAACAAUUAUCUUAAUCUUACUACUGCGAUUAAUUCGAUCACUGUUCAAACAUGUGGAAUACCGGCUUUCGUUAUACCGAAUGUGAAAGUUGAAAGUGAAGUACCUAGUAAUACCUAUCGAUAUUAUCAAGUAGACACAAGAGAGCUUCUUCAACGCAAAACAAAUAAUGAAGGAGGAUUUAUUGAAAUAAUAGCAAAUGUGCUUCAAGGAAAAGUUGAGGUGUAUACUUCGACGACAGAGACAAAUCCAGGACCUCAUUCAGGACAAUCUGUUCAAUUUCAAACGAGAGGAACACAGCAAUAUUACAUUGAACAUAUUGAACAAGAUACACCAAGACUUUAUUUCAGUUUCUACGGUGUUGAAACAACAAAUGAAUACGAUUUUAUUCUUCAUUGGCUAGAACUGAGUGGUGGGUUGAUCGGCUAA